AUGGUGAAGGAGGACCCUAUCUUCGAACGAGUACCGGGAGAUGAGAAACCUGGCUUGUCGAUAGAGGACAAAAGGUUCCUUAGAAAUAUGGAAACUGGAUUCAAACAAACCCCUAGUGGACAUUGGGAGGCACCCAUGCCUUUUAAGAAGAAUAGACCCUUUCUGCCUGACAACAAGAGUAUGGCUCUUAAAAGAGCGAAUUCGUUUGAUCGGAGUCUCAAGUCGAACCCAGACAAACAGAAAAGAGUUAUGGAAUUCAUGGAGAAACUUUUCGGUAAUAAGCACGCAGAGUUAGCACCAGCUUUACCAGAUUCUACAGAGAAAUGGUAUUUGCCACUGUUUGCAGUUCAACAUCCUAAGAAGCCUGAUAGUAUACGUGUGGUGUUUGACUCAUCUGCCAAGUGCCAGAAUUUAUCGCUCAACGACGUUCUGUUACAAGGACCCGAUAUGUUGAACAGCCUGCUUGGUAUCUUACUUAGAUUUCGUCGUGAAAGAAUUGCAGUCACCAUGGACGUAGAGCAAAUGUUCUACAACUUUCAGGUUCCUGAGGUGCAACGUCGCUUCCUACGUUUUUUGUGGCACAAGAACAAUGAUUUGAGUGAGCCGUUAGUUGAGUAUCAGAUGACAAGACAUGUUUUCGGCAACACUGCCUCUCCUGCUGUUGCUAAUUUCGGCUUGCGUAAGGCUGUAGAAAAUUCUGAUCAGGACGUGGGAAAACUAUUGCUUCGGGAAAUGAUGUCCGUCACCUCAAGCAAUGACUGGGAUGAUCCUCUACCUGAGUCACUCUAUGGCCAGUGGUGUUUGUGGGUUAAUUCUAUGCACAACCUUGAGAAUCUUAGCAUACCACGCGUCUACUGCGACAUCUCUUUUGAUGACGCUUUGAGAAGGGAAGUUCUUGUGUUUGCUGAUGCGUCGAAAGAUGCGAUAGCGGCUGUCGCAUACCUCAAACUUUACGAUCCUAGUAGAUUUAGCAUUGGCUUUCUGUUAGGAAAGGCUAAAUUAGCACCUACGCAUGGACAUACAGUUCCGCGAUUAGAGUUGUGCGCUGCGGUACUCGCUACAGAAAUUGCUGAGACCAUUCGGGUCCAACUCGAUAUUCCUCAGGAUAGCUUUCAGUUCUUUUCUGAUAGUCAAGUCGUACUUGGAUAUAUAUCAAACGAAAGUCGUAGAUUCUACGUAUAUGUGGGAAACAGAGUGAGCAAGAUUCGUCUGUUCAGCAAACCGACUCAGUGGAAUUUUGUUCCGUCGGAGUGUAACCCUGCAGAUGUAGCUACUAGAGGUCUAGACGCUUUGUUAUUGCCAGACUCUAGUUGGAUUCUUGGCCCCGAUAUCAAGCAUAGAACUUCCCCGGAUGGCUAUGAUUUAAUAGACCCGGAUCAUGACUUGGAAAUCCGUCCUGAAGUAAACUGUUCAAAAAUGGAGCAGUCGGAGGAUAUGAUAGAUGUUCCCGAGAAGAAAGUAAAACAGACAGAUUGUGGAAAGGUGCCAGAGGGAUUCUCUAAGAGAUUCACCAGAUUUUCAAACUGGAAAAGACUUGUGAGAGUUGUUGCCCGUAUAAAGUUCUUGGCAGCUCAUAUCCGGAAGGACAGAGAACGCUUACCUGAUCGAUUUGAUGAACCAGAAUUUCUGCAAGAAAGUGAGCGUGCCAUCAUUGCAGUAGCUCAACAAGAUGCAUUCAGUUCAGAGUUCCAACGUAUCCAUGCUGGAAAGGAAAUUCCUCAUUCAAGUUCUCUCAAAACUCUUACUCCAGUUAUUGGUACAGAUGGACUUUUACAUGUCGGAGGUCGCCUUAACAAGAUCGACAAUGAGAUUAUCGGCUCAGGAUUAAGGAACCCUGUUAUACUUCCCAAGAGCCAUCACGUGGCGUUUCUGGUGGUUCGUCAUUUUCAUCAAAAAGUAGUUCACCAGGGUCGUAAGUUUACAGAAGGAGCUGUUCGCACAGGUGGAUAUUGGGUCGUGAGUUGCAGGAAAAUGGUUAACUUUAUUAUUCACAAUUGUGUUACCUGCAAGAAACUUCGUGGUCAGUUUGGUCAACAGUAUAUGGCAGAUCUUCCUACUGACAGAUGCACUCCUUCACCACCUUUUUCAUAUGUCGGUGUGGAUACGUUUGGACCUUGGCCUAUCUCAUUCCGGCGGACCAGAGGAGGAUCUGCAACGCAGAAACGAUGGGCUUUGUUGUUCACGUGUCUUGUGACAAGAGCCAUACAUAUAGAGGUGAUAGAACAACUUUCCAGCUCGUCUUUUAUUAACGCCUUACGACGGUUUAUUUCUGUGCGUGGACCGGUCAUCCAAUUUCGUUCCGACAGGGGCACGAAUUUUGUGGGAGCGACAGAAGAUCUGGCCAUUGACGCAAGAUUCGUUGAGAAUGAUCAUGUUGCUGACUUCUUAUCAGACGGCAAAAUCAAGUGGAUUUUCAACCCACCCUACUCGCCUCACAUGGGUGGCGCUUGGGAAAGGUUAAUUGGUGUCGCCAAGAACAUCUUGAACUCUAUGUUGCUUCAACAGCAAAGGAAAAGUCUCACACACGAGGUAUUGACCACUCUUAUGUCUGAAGUUUGUGCAAUUGUGAACAAUAGACCGUUAGUGGAUGUAUUCAGUGAUCCAGAGUCACCUGUUCUUCUUACGCCGUCUAUGCUGUUGACAAGUAAGACUAGUUGUGAUGUCAACCCGUUCCCUCCUUACAACACAAAGGAUGUGUUGCGCUCGACAUGGAAACACGUGCAAUCACUUGCAGAGGAAUUCUGGAGGAGAUGGAGGAAUGAGUAUCUUCACGGUUUACAAUUGCGAAAGAAGUGGCAAAAACACACCAAGAACCUUCAACCGGGAGACCUGGUCCUCUUAAAAGACGGGGAGCGCUCUCGAAAUGAAUGGCCGGUUGGAAUAGUUGAAAGAACAUUUCCAAGUAACGACUGUGCAGUACGAAAGGUUGAGAUUGCUGUUGUGAGAGACAAUAAACGUGUAUUGUAUGUCAGACCAGUUACCGAACUGGUAACACUUUUGGAAACAGAUGAGUGA